GCCUUGCGCAGGUCCGUUCAUUGUCCCCUUUCUCCUCCAUCCGAAAGCCCACUUGCAGCUCCUGCCAGUGGUUGGUAACACUGCUGCUGCUGAUCUCAUCCGCAAAGUUCAGCCGAGAUAAAGGAAGGCAUGCUACAGGCGUUGCAUGCAUGCACUGAUCAUCAAAGCUUCAAGUCCUGUUCUUCACAGAUCACCCUCGUGCUCUGCACGCAUCGACGCUUAGAGGUCCCUGGCUCGAAGCUUCGCCGCUACUAUUUCUAAGAGCGUCUUCUCUUCUCGAGCUUCAUUUCUCCGUUUUGCUUUGACAUCGCUGCUCUAUGGCGACCCCACACUCGUUACCUACCCCGACCGCACAGCGAUCGGGGACUCAACUGCCGUUCUCUCCUUCACCGAGCAAGACCUCGCAGCGGCUAUCCAGCGUAUUGCCGAAGCCGCAUAGCGACGGCGUGUUGCGCACUCUGUCUGCGAGCCGCCCCGGCUCAAUUGUCUCCUCGCGCCCCUCCCAGAACAUGAGCCAUGUAGGCGAAUCGGCACUGCCAUCGUCUAUCUCCAUACCCCUUCUUCAGUCACGCGCGCUGAACGUUUCCACCUCCACUUACGCAAGCGGUGUGCUGCCAUCUGCAUCCUUCUUCAACCCCUUGCGACCUGGCUACCCCCCGCCAUCUCCUUCGUCACGCCACACACGUCAUUCGAGCGUAGGUUCGAAUAUGUCUACAGAUGCACCCGCGUUCGAAGGCGUGCGUCUCAGUACGCUCUCAGAACAGCAGAAUGGAUCGGAAGGCUCCGAUACCAGCGGACAUCUGACUGACGAGGCGAAAGACCCACCCACACCAUCCACAAAGGCUCCCACCAUAAAGCCGAGCAGAGAGUAUCUGCUACCGGUUCGGCACAAGCAGCCAAAUCGCCCAUCGGUGAACACGCAGGUGACACCGUACGGCAUGCAUGACGAGAAAAUGAGUCCAAGCGGGCGCGUGCGCGAGAGUUUCGAGAAGCUCUUUAAGCGGUCGCCAGCGAACACCAGUCCGACCAGCCCACUUGGCGUCUCUGUGCAGGCGUUAGCACGCUCGCGUUCGGACGACUCAUCACAAGCUUUGCAAUCCGCCGCAGGACGGAUGACUUUCGACCUGGAUAUCACCCAUGCUCGACGGAAGCAGAAUCCGUCUUUUACCCGAUCUAUUACUUUCAUCCCGACCCCUCCGCCGAACUUGGACCCUCUUCCAGCGUUUACACCCAUCGUGGAUACAAGAACUGGGAGGUACAUGCGGAAUUGGCAGCUACACCCAUCAAGGAAUCAUUUCUUUCUGAAUGGAUACAUACUAACUGGCGGUGAUUCUCCUUGGGCAUUCUUUGCAUCACUCGCGUUCGUGUUUGGCAUCACGGGAGUGUGGUUCGGGACGACAUGUGUCUGGUGGUGGUGGCACGAGAGCCCUGCAGUCGCCAUCCUUGGGGCCUACAUGUGCCUGCUGACGAUUUCCAGCAUGUUUGCGACGGCAUUUCGAGAUCCAGGGAUCUUGCCAAGAAACCUGGAUCCUGACCCACCAUGUCCUACGGCGGCAUCGACAGAGAGCCUCCCUGCGCCUCUCCCCCGGGAUAUCAAAGUCCGUGCAGGAGCUGUGCGCACGAAGUAUUGUCAGACAUGCAGAACGUACCGUCCUCCGCGAUCAAGCCAUUGCAAGAUGUGUGAUAAUUGCGUGGAGGGGUGCGACCAUCACUGUCAAUGGGUGAAUAACUGCGUUGGCAAGCGUAACUACACCACAUUUUUCACAUUUCUGUUCUCUGCUGUUGUCACCCUCAUCCUAGUGAUAUGCACGACCGCUGUCCACCUGUAUCUGCUUACGCGAGCGCCGUUUCACCUGGAUUUCCGGAAAGCAUUACAGACGACGCAGGGCUCGGGUAGUGCAGCAGCGUUCAUGAUGUCCAUCCUGGUUAUAUGGCCCGUCCUCGCAUUGUUGCUAUAUCACCUACGGUUACUGCUAUUGAACGUGACGACGAUCGAGCAGAUUCGCAACCAAGCGCACAAGUCGCUUGUUCCGGGGCCCGCUCCGCCAAACCCAUUCUCCCAUGGGUCUUGGCAGCGCAAUCUUUUAUACGUGCUGUGUCGACCGCCAGGGUACUCGUGGCUAAACGCGACGGCGAUUGCGACAGAGGACCGACGGCAGGUGAAUCCCGGGCUGUUGAGGAACAUGGAGGAUGGUGGUGAUUGCGACGCAUGGAUGGGAGCAUUAGAGGAAGGAAGAGGGCCCAGAAAGGGAGAGUAGCGAAGUCUAUGUGUCUAUCUGACAGGAUGGGAAAGACGUGGCGUGCGGUGGGUCGGGGCACUUAUAUUGUACUGUAUUCUAUGAUAUUUUGCGACCACCUAGGUGGUGGCCGUGGCAGGGAGAGGGAUUAGAGUUAAGACCCUCUAUCCUCGGGCCGUUAGGAUGGGGUGAUGUAUUUUAUUCGGAUACUUUUAUUAUGCGGAGGAGAGGAUGGAGCUGGCC